CUAGCAGUGCUUCGAAAGACAAAAAUGUCAUCGAUCGAAUGCUUUCACCCGACGAUUCACAGAAAACAUUGCUCGCGUGCGUUCUCCAAUCUAUGCGACUUUCAAUGGUCGACCUUGCUUCGCUCUCAAUCGAGGCGUUUGAACGGGAGCCUGGACCCCUCUGUUUCGAACCCUCUGUCUGUCCCUUCGACAGUGCCCAACAUUUCCUGGAAGUUCGGUUUUUGGGGCGGUAUUAGGAAGAAUAAUCAGAUAAGGGGGAGUGGAGUCCCAGCCAGCACGCGGGACAACAGCCCAAACCGGAGGAGCGAGUUUAACCAGCGGAGAGGGAACUGGUGGUGGUGGUGGGAGCAGUUGAUGCCAUCCCGGGAAUUUGGAGUUCUGCUUUUGCAGUUUGGGCUUAUGAUGUUGGUCAUGCGGUUGGUCCGCCCAGGUUCCCCACUGGCUGGGGCGGAACCUAAGGCUCGGCCAGUCACGCACUUGAGCGUUCCGUACAGCGAGUUUCUCGGCCAGGUCAGCUGUGACCAGGUUGAGAAAGUCGAAGUCAGUGGAGUUCGCAUAAAUUUUAAACUGAGAGACCAGGCAGGGAGUGGGGAUGGCGAUGAGUACAGGGCUGCCACAAGCAAUUUGCAAGAAUUGGGACCAUUAGCAAUGAGUCAGGAUUCGAUUCAGAGGAUUGUUUACACCACAACCAGGCCGGUGGAUAUUAAGACUCCUUAUGAGAAGAUGGUUGACAAUGGGGUGGAGUUCGGCAAACCGGAUAAGCAGUCUGAUCGAGUCUUAAACACAGUAUUGAUAUCCUUGUUCGGCGCAGCAAUGCUUCUCGGGUUCCUCCAUCAAUCCCCUGUAAGCUUCUCCAAGCACGGUGCAAGUCAACUUAAAAGCUGGAAAUCUCUUGGCUCAGGCAGGUUGAAAGUAUCCAAGCAGGGGGAGGGCAUCAUCAAAUUUUCUGAUGUUGCAGGUGUGGAUGAGGCCAAGGAGGAGCUGGAAGAAAUCGUUGAAUUUCUUAGGAAUCCUGACAGGUACAUACGAGUUGGUGCUCGUCCUCCACGAGGCAUCCUUCUGGUCGGUCCGCCUGGGACUGGGAAGACGCUUUUAGCAAAGGCUGUUGCUGGGGAGGCGGAAGUUCCUUUCAUAAGCUGUCCGGCUAGCGAGUUCAUAGAGAUGUACAUUGGAAUGGGCGCCUCGCGAGUGAGAGAUCUUUUUGCUCGGGCAAAGAAAGAGGCCCCGUCCAUAAUAUUUAUAGACGAGAUAGAUGCAGUGGCCAAAAAUCGUGACGGUAAAUUCCGCCUAGUAAGCAACGAUGAACGAGAACAGACCUUGAACCAACUACUCACUGAGAUGGAUGGAUUUGAGAGCAGUCCUGCUGUUAUCGUUCUUGGAGCGACAAAUCGUGCUGAUGUCCUGGAUCCUGCACUUUGCCGACCUGGGAGAUUUGAUCGGGUUGUUAUGGUGGAAUCGCCAGAUAGAACUGGAAGAGAAGCCAUUCUAAAGGUCCAUGUUUCGAAGAACGAACUUCCUUUGGAGGAGGAUGUCGACCUCAGUGACAUUGCUUCGAUGACACCGGGUUUUACAGGGGCGGACCUUGCAAAUUUAGUGAAUGAGGCUGCUUUACUUGCUGGAAGACAGAACAAACUUGUCGUGCAGAAGAUCGACUUUGUCAAUGCAGUCGAGAGAUCCAUAGCCAUGGCAUCAGUGCACACUACCUUCGUGUCAGCUUUGUGCAACAAUGGCAAUCACUCUUCACCCGCUAAGUUUCCGAGCUCUGCCUUCCUGCCUGGUUUUGAUGUGGCUGUCCGAGCUUCUACUGCGCAUAAGAAUGAAAUGCUUCCUACUUUCAAAAGUGUUGGACCUAAAGCCACAUUAACCUUUGAUCCCCGAACAUCCAAUGCUGAGAAGACCAAGCAAAAGAAGCAUACAGUUGACCCUGCUGCUCCUGAUUUCUUGCCCCUCCCUUCAUUUGAGCAGUGCUUCCCAAAGAGCUCGAAAGAAUAUAGGGAGGUCAUUCAUGAAGAAACUGGUCAUGUACUCAAAGUUCCUUUCCGCCGGAUCCACCUCAGUGGGGAUGAGCCAGACUUCGACAUUUACGACACUAGCGGGCCUCAAAAUAUUAGCCCGCGAAUAGGACUUCCUAAGCUGCGAAAAGAGUGGGUUGACUGCCGGGAAAAGAUAGGUGUGCCGAGGUACACUCAGAUGUAUUAUGCUAAGCAGGGAAUAAUUACUGAAGAAAUGCUGUUCUGCGCUGCUCGUGAGAAGCUUGACCCAGAGUUUGUUAGAUCAGAGGUUGCUCGAGGGCGAGCUAUUAUCCCUUCAAACAAGAAGCACUUAGAGCUGGAGCCUAUGGUAGUAGGGAGAAACUUCCUAGUCAAAGUUAAUGCCAACAUUGGAAAUUCCGUUGUCGCGAGCUCCAUUGAGGAGGAAGUCUAUAAGGUUCAAUGGGCAACCAUGUGGGGUGCUGAUACGGUGAUGGAUCUUUCAACAGGUCACCACAUCCACGAGACCCGUGAAUGGAUCCUGCGUAACUCUGCUGUGCCAGUUGGGACUGUCCCAAUAUACCAAGCACUUGAAAAAGUGAAUGGAAUUGCUGAAAAUCUUAGUUGGGAAGUUUUCAGGGAUACUUUGAUAGAACAAGCUGAGCAGGGUGUCGAUUACUUCACUAUUCAUGCUGGGGUUCUACUCAGGUACAUACCUCUGACUGCGAAGCGCAUGACUGGAAUUGUUUCCCGUGGAGGAUCCAUUCAUGCAAAGUGGUGCUUGGCUUAUCACAAGGAGAAUUUUGCCUAUGAGCACUGGGAUGAGAUACUGGAUAUUUGCAAUCAGUAUGAUGUAGCACUGUCAAUAGGCGAUGGCUUGAGACCCGGAUCAAUAUAUGAUGCUAAUGAUUCUGCUCAGUUCGCAGAGCUUCUAACUCAGGGGGAGCUCACUCGCAGAGCUUGGGAAAAGGAUGUGCAGGUGAUGAAUGAAGGCCCAGGCCACAUUCCGAUGCACAAAAUCCCUGAGAACAUGCAGAAACAACUGGAAUGGUGCAACGAGGCUCCUUUCUACACUCUUGGUCCAUUAACAACAGAUAUUGCUCCUGGGUACGAUCAUAUUACUUCUGCAAUCGGUGCUGCCAAUAUUGGGGCACUUGGUACAGCUCUCCUCUGUUAUGUGACACCAAAAGAGCACCUUGGGCUGCCCAAUAGGGAUGAUGUAAAGGCUGGUGUGAUUGCAUACAAGAUUGCUGCACACGCAGCUGAUUUAGCGAAAGGCCAUCCUCAUGCUCAGGCCUGGGAUGAUGCUUUGAGCAAGGCUAGAUUUGAGUUCCGAUGGAUGGAUCAGUUUGCUCUCUCGCUAGACCCCAUGACAGCUAUGUCCUUCCAUGAUGAAACUCUGCCAUCAGAUGGAGCUAAAGUUGCUCAUUUUUGCUCUAUGUGUGGACCCAAGUUCUGCUCUAUGAAGAUAACCGAGGAUGUGAGGAAAUAUGCAGAGAAACAUGGAUAUGGAGACGCGGAAGAAGCUCUGCAGCAUGGGAUGGAAGCUAUGAGUGCUGAGUUCCUUGCUGCUAAGAAAACUGUUAGUGGGGAGCAACAUGGUGAAGUUGGUGGAGAAAUCUACUUGCCUGCAGAAUAUAUUAGCUCCAAAGAGAGGUGAAGGUAAAAGUGACCGUGGAGUUAUUCUGAAACUGGAGGAGCCAUGCCAUGUGGCCCACUCAUGGAAGACGACAAUGAUCAUCUGGAAGUUCUCAGUUUGAUUUUGCUGGGUGAGUACUUAGCUUAAUCAGAGGAGUAACUUCCGUAGACAUUUCCAUCUCCUGUUUUAGUGCUUGCUUAUGUUAUGGUAUCGUGAAUAAAAUGCUCUUAUUAGUCCUGGAUUUUCCAUCAGCUCUGAUUUUUCUUUCUUUCUUGCUUCCUCCUUUCAUCUACUUUAUUUGUGUCGAAUGGUUCCACUGACGGAAGAAACGCACCGGGGGUGUCCGAAUCCGCUAGCGUUCCGCUAGCAGGUUCGGGCUGAGAAAGUCCCUUCGAACCUGAACAGGAUAAUACCUGCGUAGGGAGUGUGCUUUUUCUUUUCUCUUCUUUGUUCCCUAUAUGCUUUUGCAGAGGAAAUCGAAAGCAAGCGGUCAUAUGAUUUGGCUGUGGAGGUGGCAAACUACCCCUCACCUUGGGCAGCAUUUUAAUGGCUCUCUGAGAGGUAAUUAACUCGUAAAAUCAUGACGUAUGUGGAGCUCCCGAGACUGCCUGUUAGUUAUUAAUCACCCCGAGUCCAUUCCUUAAAAAAUCCGAGUAUUACCAGGUCAAUCAUUAAAUAGUUCCAAGUUAGAAUCAAAUCUAACGAAAAGGAAUGACAAGGUAUGAUCUGUUACUUAAUUAACCAUAUGAGUUUUUCGGUUGUCUGGUAUAGAAGAGAUUGUGUUACCGGUGCAAGUUGCAUCUGUACAAUGAUUAGAGGAAAUGUUGAGAAGAUAUGGGAUUCAAUGAUUGACAGAAUGAGAUAGCCGUCCUAUAGCCUAUAGGAAUGUUUUGAAAGUAAAAUUGUACAGUCAGAGAUCGAUUCCAGUAUUCGACGCCGUGUUUUUAUUGUUUUAUAUGGUGGAGAAAAGAAAAUAGAAUGAAAUCACAAAACAAAUUGGGAAUAUUUAUUUAUUUUGCUUUCA